CGGUGACGUUCAGAGUAAAUAGGUCUUGUAGCCGUGGCAGCGGCCGAGGCCGGCCGGCUGUUUACUGGUGGCGGCGUACUGGGGAAAGAAGCUGUGUGUCCACAGCAGCUGCCUGGGCCGAAGGGUGCCGCCGUUACCGCGUCGGCAGCUGAACUAUGUGCUUCUACAGGGCGGGCGCCAUGUGGCAUUCAUCUCUGUACCCCCAGCAUCUAGCAGUGCUGGCAUGUAGUUGGCACUCAAGAAAUGUGUGUUGAAUGGAGGAUGUCUGUGCCAAGCAACUGGACUUUACUCUUUCCUGACCCUUGCUCCUAUGACACACCUCCUCCUGACUGCCACUGUCACCCCUUCAGAGCAGAACUUCUCUAGGGAACCUCGAAGGGACACAGCUAUGGCCAAAGACAUCCUGGGCGAAGCCGGCUUGCACUUUGAUGAGCUGAAUAAGCUGCGGGUGUUAGACCCAGAGGUUACACAGCAGACCACAGAGCUCAAAGAAGAGUGCAAGGACUUUGUGGACAAAAUUGGCCAGUUUCAGAAAAUAGUUGGUGGUCUAAUUGAGCUUGUUGACCAACUUGCGAAAGAAGCAGAAAAUGAGAAGAUGAAGGCCAUUGGGGCUCGGAAUUUGCUCAAAUCUAUAGCAAAGCAGCGGGAAGCCCAGCAACAGCAACUUCAAGCAUUAAUAGCAGAAAAGAAAAUGCAGCUAGAAAGGUAUCGAGUUGAAUAUGAAGCUUUGUGUAAAGUAGAAGCAGAACAAAAUGAAUUUAUUGACCAAUUUAUUUUUCAGAAAUGAACUGAAGAUUUCAUUUUUAUAGCAGGAAGGCAAAAAAAAGUCCCCCUCCCAACAAAAA